AACGAAUUAUCACGAAAGAAGAGUCACAAUAUAUAUGUUGUUUAUUAGAUAGAUUGUUGUUGAUGAUGAUGAUGAUGAUGAUGUAAUAACCGCGUGAGGCAUUUCCAAGACACAUAAAAAGCAAGUCCAAGUCUCUUGUCUGCUCCCUCUUUCUCUCUGAGUCAACAGAAAACCCCCAUCAUUUCAUUCCAACUCUGUAUCUAAAAAUAAUUGAUUGAUUGAGAGCACUCACUGAAAUAUGCAUUCAGAAAUGAAGUUGAUGAUAAUAAUAAUAUCUGUGUUAGCGGCGGUGGCAUUAAUUCAAGGAUGUUACUCUGCUGCAAAUCGCCACUCCAAAUCCCCAACCUCUUCCGUCGUCUUUCCGGUCACCGGAAAUGUUUAUCCCAGGGGGUACUAUCAUGCGACAGUGAACAUUGGAAAUCCGCCAAAACCUUAUUUCUUAGAUAUUGACACCGGCAGUGAUCUCACUUGGCUUCAGUGUGAUGUACCUUGUGUCAAAUGUCUCCCGGCACCUCACAAGCCUUAUAAGCCUAACAAAGACCUUGUGGCAUGCAUGGAUCCACUGUGUGCAUCUGUUCACUGGCCAGAUAACUACGACUGUAAGUCUUCACAGGAUCAGUGUGACUAUGAAGUUCAGUAUGCCGAUCAUGGUUCGUCUCUUGGUCUAUUGGUUAAAGAUUGGUUUCCCUUACAAUACAUCAAUGGAAGUGUAGCCAAACCUCGUCUUGCAUUUGGAUGUGGUUACAAUCAAGAAGUUCUAGCCUCUAUGGACCCACCGUACACUGAUGGGAUUCUUGGUCUAGGGGUAGGCAAAGCAAGCAUCUUACAACAGCUACAUGAACUUGGUGUCACAAAAAAUGUAGUGGGCCAUUGUCUUAGUGCACAAGGAGACGGAUAUUUGUUUUUUGGUGAUGAACUUGUUCCUUCUGCAGGGGUGGUCUGGACACCCAUGUCAACAACUGAUAUAGAAAAACACUACUCACUGGGAACUGCCGAGCUCUAUGUUGGUGGAAAGAAAAGUGGGAUAAAAGGCCUCCCCAUAGUGUUUGAUAGUGGAAGUACCUACACUUAUUUGAAUGCAGAAGCUUAUAAAGCUCUACUUUCAAUGCUUAUGAAAGACUUAAAGGGAAAGCACAUUGACAUUGCAACUGAUGAUGAAAGCCUUCCUGUAUGUUGGAAAGGAUCAAAACCUUUCAAAUCUAUUCAAGAUGUCAAAAACCUUUUUAAGCCAAUAAUGUUGAGCUUUGCAAACUCAAAGAAUGCUCGGUUGCAGUUUGACCCUGAAGCAUAUCUUAUUAUCAGUAAACAUGGAAAUGUUUGUCUUGGGAUCUUGAAUGGCUCAGAAGUCGGCCUAGAAAGUGUUAAUCUAAUUGGAGACAUUUCAAUGCUAGACAAAAUUAUCCUCUAUGACAAUGAGAAUCAACGAAUAGGAUGGGCUCCUGCAAACUGCAACAAGCUUCCGAGCGUAGGUGACAGAGAUCCAGAUUAUGGAGGCCUUUGCAGGACCUAUGGUUCAAGCAUGGGCAUUUUUCAGUCCCAUUGUGCUGCAUAUUGACCUGUUAACUAGCUAAGAAGAUUGAUAAAUAAAAAGCUUCCACACUCUGAUGGAAGACACAAUUAUUAUAUAUUGCUAGUAAAUACAUAAGUUGUUACAAGAUGUAACUUUUAGUAGUAACAGAUGUACAUUCUGGGACAUGAAAAUUUUGAGGAAAACCAAGACUAUUUCAAAGGUU